UUAUCUUGGGUAGUCAUAGUGAUGGGUGGAUAUGAGGCUGUGGUUUCGAAGUGAGGUAUUCGCACGAUGCAAUGUCUUGGUGAAUGAUGGAUCAUUCCAGACUGUCCCCGGGCGCGCACUCGGCACGUGCUGGCCCCGCUUUUGAGUCUUGCGUGUGGAGGCGAUAAGUUUAGAAUGGAUCUGCUUGCACUUGCUCAGGUUACUACAGACCGUUCUCCAUACAUCCCCAGAGAUAGCCUCCGACAUUUCUAGGUACUUCACACUACGAAUCUCUACUCUCUACACUACGCUCCACGCAUCCUUCUCGUACAUUCGACCUUCGACCUUCGACCUUCGUCGCCGCCUGAUUUGUAGUACUUGGACGCGGAAUUAUUGCGUACGCCGUCGUAGCCUGGUCUGCAGCGCAGCGCAGCGCAGCAACCCCCCUUCCGUUCACUCACCCCGACUUCGUGCUAGCCCGAGAGCCACCCGCCCCGGCUCCGGCUUGUCUAAAGCACUUAUCGAGCUGCUACUCCACCUCAUCCACACCUCCUUCGCCCGCUCCUCUUCUACCCCCAUCCAACAUCCUCAACACCACCACCUAGCGAUCAUCGCGGUCUGUUCGUGGCAUCUAUUAAUCUCAUCCUUUGAGGACUCUGAGAGCUACUCUCAUCGUCGUACGCUUCCCCCAUUCAUUCAUCCAUCCUGAGACACUUCGUCGUUGUCCCGUACAACGUCACCGCUCUGUUCGCUGACACCACGACCAGUCUUACUCCAUCAUGGCAUCCAACUCACAAACAAACCCGGAUACCUUGGUGACCCUCAAGAUCAAUGUUGAGGGCACCAACCGUAGAUUCAAGCUCCCUCUUCGUGAUCUCGGUGCUAGUACUCUCCCCGAUAAGGUGCGUUCUUAUCCUCCCGAGCGACCGACAAGGCUCUCAGCCUUAAAGGCGAUGACCAUCAUAUCCACCACCACAUCCCUCAUAGCAAAGUUGACGAUUGACUGACGUAUCAUCUCUACAGCUUCGCUUCUUACUCUCUAUCCCACCCACCUCCGAGGCCAUUUUCGAGCGAUAUUCCGACAGUGCAGCAUCCUUUGUAGUUCUUGACUCGGAAAACGCCUCCGUUUACAAACAACUCUAUCGUGCAGCAAAAGCCAAGCUAAAGUUGAGACUCAAGGUCACAGUCAAGGACAAGGAACCAGUCACAUCAAAGCCAGCGACGGUUGAAGAUGAGGAGUCUAUCCCAGUCAGCCCGGUUGAAGCUACAUCGACCGAACCUCAACAACAAAUACAGGCAGAAGUGGUACCUGAACCUACGUCCGACAUGAGCUCUGUUGAACAAACUAUUGCUCCAGGUUCUGUUGCAGAGAUUCAACGUGGAUUGGAGGAACUCAUCAUCAACCAGCCUCGUUAUUACGCCAGCAAGGAGCCUGAGGCCCGCCACACCAGCAUUAAUGCAUCAGGUGCUCCUACUGCUUCAGGUUGCACCCGCUUCAUGAAUAAUACCAUGAACACCGCUGCCGGCAAUAUUUGCGACGGCGUUCCUGUUUCUCGAGCUACUAGAGAGUACUGGUCCCAGGCUUUUCAAGAUCGUCAACAUGCUAUCCUAAACCAGGCUGCCCCACAAAUCACUUGCAACAUUUUCUCCGUCUACUGUAAUCACUGCCAGGAUUCUAUCCCAGACGAGCACUUUCACUGCAGCACCUGUGAUGAUGGUGAUUUUGAUCUUUGCCAGAAGUGCGUCGCUGAUGGCGUUCGAUGUGGCGGUGAUGAACAUUGGAUGAUUAAGCGCUUCUUUAAGCACGGCAAGGUCAUUAACAGCACCACUGAAACUAUUAAACCUAAACCAAAGGUUCUAGCUCCGGCUCCAUCUCCUCUCUUGGAGUCUGAGGACACUCUCCUCCUUGCCGAGUCAAAGAUGCCAAUCGCCACUCGUACUUGCAACUGCUGCAUUCAAGGUAAGUGUGCGGACUGUGGGGCCACGAAAUAGUAUGCUGACUUAUUAUCAGAACUCACAGAGGAGAACUUUGUCACUUGUACUUCUUGUGAUGACUUUGAUCUCUGCAUCAACUGCCACGUUGACGUUCAGCAUGGUCACCACCCUAAGCAUGGCUUUGUCCCUGCUGUUGAGGACGCAAACCUCAGCGUGGUUGCGCAAGCCCUUCUUGGACCAGGCCGCAACAUUGGUCACAAUGCGGUUUGUGAUGGAUGUGACAAGUACAUCUAUGGUGUUCGACACAAGUGCCUCGACUGCCCGGACUGGGAUUUCUGCUCAACUUGCGUACCAAACGCCAACUUUAUUCACCCCAACCACAGAUUCGUUCCCAUCUAUGAGCCACUCAAUGACCUUGCUGCACUUCACCGUUCCUACAGCAGCAAGGCUCGUCACCACGGCAUUUACUGCGAUGGUCCUCUUUGCAAGGCCGGCAACCAAACUUAUAUCAAGGGUGAUCGAUACAAGUGCGCAGUCUGCCAUGAUACAGACUUCUGUGCUAGCUGCGAAGCUAGCCCUUCCAACCCUCACAACCAAACACACCCUCUCAUCAAGUUCAAGACACCAGUUCGCAAUGUCAGUGUUACUACUUUGGGUGAUCACGAGGAUGGAAAGCAAAUGGCUGUGAUGGGAGACCGUCUCCGCCGCACCACACACAAGGCUACCGAGACUACCCAAACCCAGUCGGCCAACGCUGCAACUCAAGUCCAGACAGUUGCUGACCUUCAACCUACCGAGCCAGUCAAAUAUGAGGAGACUCGUGGAGUCGAGGCACCCAAGACCCCAGAGCCAGAGCCAAAGGUUGAGGAGGUCAAGGAACUUCCAGCUGAGCGCUCCGAGGACUUGGUUGCACACUUUGUCCGAGAUGUCAUUGCUGACGGCACUAUUCUCCCACCAAACUGUGUCUUUGAGCAAACUUGGUACCUUCGCAACAGCGGAAACACUUCAUGGCCUGCUGGAUGCCGCGUCAAGUUUGUCAGCGGCAACAACAUGUGUGCCAUUGACCCCGCACACCCAGCUAGCGUUCACGAGCUCAUCUCCGCCGGUGAGAGCACUACUUGCUACACUGAGGUUGCUCCUGGCCAGGAGAUGGGUUUCACCGUCUUGUUGAGAACUCCUAGCCGCCCUGGUAAUGUAGUCUCAUACUGGCGUCUUACUGGUCCAGACGGCGACAAGUUUGGUCACAGACUGUGGUGUGAUGUCACUGUUGCACCUCAGGAGGAGCCAGUUGUCAAGGAAGAGCCAAAAGAGGAGUCCGUUGAGAUUAAGGCCGAGCCAGAGCGCAGCCAAAUGAUCUUCCCCACAUUGGAUAAGGAAUCUCCAUCAAACAGCAUUCAUGAGCAGGCUCCAGUUGCAGCUCCUAUCGCAUCUCCUGCUGCAUCAAUUCAAGAUGAUGACUUUGAGGAUUUUGUAGAGGAGCUUGACGACGAGACCGAUGAUGGAUUCAUGACAGACGAGGAAUAUGAUAUCCUCGAUGCCAGUGAUGAGGAAUAUCUUGCCGAGCAAGAAAAGUCCAGAAAGUAAGAUAUUUACGGUUUGGGCAAGGGUUGAUUAGCAGUGGUACGAUAGUAAGUGGUAAAUGGAUGAAUAGGCGCAAGAUUGACACAAGCUCUGGAUAGCGGAAUAUGAUGGGAAGGUUGUCCUUUGGGGGUUUAUCCGGGGCAAAUUGGGGGUGUUUUUUUUAUUAUUUCGUGUUUUUUUGUCUUUUAUUUUCCACGUGUGUAAUAGGAAGGAAUUCUCUCUCUUUUUUUUUUACUUGGCUUCUCCUUUUUCAUGACUUGCUUUUGACGUUUCUGGGUUUCAUGAUGAUAUUGUGAUGCCACUCUUUCUUUGAUGAUGAAUCAAUAGCAACGAGCAAAUGAGGAUGGAAGUGGAGGUGUGAAGGCCAUAUUCUAAUCCAUCAGCAUACAUAACAAGUCACGUUUGAGAGGAUGUUAUACGGAUGCUGAUACGUAGGGAAUGGAUUUGUUGAAUGGCCUUCUUCUCAAGGGAUUGGGUUCAUGGAGGAAAGGAAUGGAAAGGAAUGGAAUACUCUCUACUCAUUUGUUAUGGCUCUUUUUCUUUUUUAGGUAUGGUAGUUAGGGUUGUUAGUUUGGGAAUAUGAAAUAUGAAUGAAAAGCAAAUGAUGUAAGAUGAAAUGAUGGUUCUUUUUUUAUUGGAAUAUACAAGUAGUCUAUAGAUAUUAGGUUUCUAGUUUCUCGUUUGUGAAGUAUGGGGAUGGGGGGGGAGUUGAGGGAUUCAUUUGUUCGUCUUUCUUCGGGUUUGGAUUUUGGGUUGAGAAUGGGGAGGUGGGGAGACGGGAGAGAGGAUGGAUGGGGGUUGUUCUGUGUUUUGUGUUUUGUGGGAGGGGAGGUUAAGGGUGAGGGUGAGGGUGAGGGUAAGGGUGAUUUGUGUGUCUUGGGGGUUAUGGGGUUUUGUUUGCUUUUUGGGUAUUGGGUGUGUCUUUGGUGUACUUUCUUGUUCUUGUCGUGGGUUGGAGGGUGAGGGGAUUGGGGGAUUGGAGAGAGAGAGCGCGGUCGUGAGGAAGGGUAGCUAGUGUAGUGGUUUGGGUCAAUUCUGUCUGAUGUGAUGGAAUGCGGAAGGAUUGGGGAGGAGAAUGAGAGAAUGAAAGGGCGGUGAGUUGAUUCUUAGUAUAUGGUAUCUUGGUGGUGUUGGGAAGGUGGUGGUGACUGGGAGGAGCGGGGGAGUACGUGGAGUUAGUAUCCGUUAUAAGAUACAGUAC